AUGUCAUCUGCUCUCCUUGACGAGGCUGCGCGCAUUGCCCGCCAGUUCGACUACCCCGCUGCUGAGGUGCAGCGUGGAGUGACGGAAUACAUUCGUGAGAUCGAUGAAGGUUUGUCCAAGGAGCACACGACCCUCAGUCAGAUCCCUACCUAUGUCACGGCGGUGCCCAAUGGCACGGAAAAGGGAUUGUACCUGGCAGUAGAUCUCGGCGGCACCAACUUCCGCGUGUGUUCGAUCGAUCUACAUGGAGACACUACCUUCUCCCUUACCCAGUCCAAGAUCAUGAUUCCUCGUGAGACCAUGGCGUCCGGUACGGCCAAGGAUCUCUUCUUGUUCUUGGCCCGCCAAAUCGAAUCGUUCCUGCGCAUUCACCACAACGACCACUUCGAAGCUCACCUGCGACGCCGCAAUGAGAAGAAUGGCAACUGUGAAGAGGACCUGUUCGACUUGGGUUUCACCUUCAGUUUCCCCGUGCGUCAGCUGGGCAUUAACAAGGGUACCCUGAUUCGCUGGACGAAGGGCUUCAACAUUCCCGAUGCGGUGGGUAAGGAUGUCUGCGCAUUGCUGCAGAACGCCAUCGAUGAUCUGGGCCUCCCGGUGCGCGUGGCUGCCUUGGUCAACGACACUGUCGGAACCCUGAUGGCUCGUUCAUACACCUCUCCUGGAGAGACGGGCACGUUCCUGGGUGCUAUCUUUGGCACGGGCACCAAUGGCGCCUAUGUUGAGAAGCUGGACCGGAUCACUAAGCUGCAGACCAUUGAACACUCCGAGUACGACAAGACCACCGGUGAGAUGAUUAUCAACGCCGAGUGGGGCAGCUUCGACAACCACCUGAGUGUACUGCCGAACACCAUCUACGACCAGCAGCUCGAUGCCGACAGCAACAACCCCGGCAUUCAAAUGUUCGAGAAGCGUGUCUCGGGUAUGUUCCUGGGUGAGAUCUUGCGCCGCGUCAUGCUGGACAUGCAGCGCAACGAGUCCCUGGGCUUCCUCCGGGCUGGCGGCGCUUCCACCGUUUCUGUUCCCCAGGAGUCCUCCCUGUACCGCCAAUGGGGUAUUGACACCAGCUUGUUGAGUCUGGUCGAGGCCGACAAGACUGAGAAUAUGGAGCAGAUCAAGGUCGCUCUGAAGGAUCACCUCAAGAUCGAACGCCCCACCACCGACGACUGCAAGGCCAUCCAGACCGUUGUUCAUGCCAUUGGCAAGCGUGCUGCUCGUCUGAGUGCCGUCCCGCUGGCUGCCAUCCUCCUCUCUACUGGCAAGCUGCAGAAGGAUGACCUCGUAGACAUUGGUGUGGAUGGCAGUCUGGUCGAGUUCUACCCCAACUUCGAAGGCUACAUGCGUGAUGCCCUCCGCGAAGUGCCCGAGGUUGGAGAAGCCGGCAACAAGAAGAUCCGCAUUGGUAUCUCCAAGGAUGGCAGCGGCGUGGGUGCUGCUCUAAUCGCCCUCGUUGCUAGCAAGGAGGAGGCCCGCAGAAAGUCGCAAUAG